GCGUCCCCGUCUCCUCCCCGAUAAAAAGCCGUCGUCUCUCGUCCAUUCCUCGCUCGCCGAUCAAACGCACCUCCCAAUUUGCUCCGUCUCCGGUCCUCCUGCGAAACGCUCCCGCACCACCACUCACGCAAGGGUUGUCCAGGUUCUUGCUAGCUAGACGGAUGGCGCAGCGCGACAAGAAGGAGGAGCCCACGGAGCUCCGCGCGCCGGAGAUCACGCUGUGCGCGAACAACUGCGGCUUCCCCGGGAACCCGGCCACGCAGAACCUGUGCCAGAGCUGCUUCUUGGCAGCCACAGCGUCGAUGUCGUCGCCGUCGUCACCUACCUCUUCGUCUUCUUCUUCUGCGCAGGCGGCGGUGUCGCAGCCGAGGCCGGCGCUGGUGGACGCGCCGAUGGAGCUGGCCUCUCCGGCUGCUGCCGUUGAACGGCCGGCGGCGGAGGUGAAGGUGUCGAGGACGUCGGUGAACCGGUGCUCCAGCUGCCGGAAGCGGGUGGGGCUGAUGGGGUUCCGUUGCCGGUGCAACGAGCUGUUCUGCGGCGAGCACCGGUACUCGGACCGCCACGGCUGCAGCUACGACUACAAGGGCGCCGCCAGGGACGCCAUCGCCAGGGAGAACCCGGUGGUGCGCGCCGCUAAGAUCGUUAGGUUUUGAGACGGAGAGAAAUUCCAGAGGGGAAGAAAACAAGGAAGAAAGUGAAAAAAAAGGAAAGGUGUGGGGUAUUAUUAUGCUGUUCUUGAAAGUGUUUGGUUUUAAUCUCCUUUUUUUAAUUUUUCUAAUGGAAAUGGGAGGGAAAGAGGUGGAAAAAGAAUAGUGUAAUAAUGGAGGUCGCUGGGGGAAACGAAGAACAAAAUGGAUUGGGUGUAUUUUUCACACACAACUUUGUGCAAAACUAUUUUCCAUUUCUCUAUAUUUUUCGUAGAAAUUCCAAAAAACACCGGUAUGAUGAUUGCUCAAUCAUUCAAGCUUAUGAAUUAAUAGCUUUAUGAGCAUCAAUCAGUUGAUCUAUGCCGAUUCCGUA